AUGGUCCGCGCCGUGGCCAGAGGAAGAGGAGUAGCUCCCGGCGGGGUCCGGGUCCGAGCCGCCCCGGCACGGCAGGGAAGCAAGAAAAGGGACAAGCUUGGGAGAGUCACAGCCCGGCAGUCUGCGGAGAAGCGCCGGCGGAACUGGGCGCAGAGGGCGGCGGCGCGUCCCCGCGCAUCCUGCGGCUCGGGCUUCCCCGAAGGCGGGGGCGCAGCAGCCCCUCCCGCCGUCCUGGGGAAGACAAAAGUCGCCUGGCAGUGGGAACAAGAGGCAAGAAAAGAAGAGGGGCGAGAGCUCGAGGGCCUCCCCGCUGUUGGAAACCCCUCGGAGCUCUGCAGCCCCCUCCACAGGCGCCCUCCCGGAACGCGGACGCGGCCCUCCCCCGCCGAAUGGGGAGGGGUCGGCUUUUGUGUCAGAAGUACCUACGACGCUCCAGGCAGGGGCUCAGGGGCAGGAACGAGAGUCGUCACGCAGUCCGCUAACCCCCCGGACUCACUGGUAGUGAGAAACCGGAGGAGGGCGUGGAACGGCACGGUGCUCCUUACCCAGACCUGCGAGGGGAAGUCAGCUCGUCGCGGGGCGCGGCUCCUGUCUAGGGGCCCCCGAGCUCAUCGCGGGAGGCUGUGUAAGUCCAAGUUCAAGCUCUCCCUCAGGGAAACCCUGCUGCGGCGGCGGAGUGCUGCUUCUCAAGGAGAUUCGGAGAAGCCAGGGGUAGGAGAACCUGCGAGUGGGCGGAGAAACGGGCGCCCGGGCUGGGAACGCGGCUGGCCCGCGGGCUGGCCGGCAAGGGUGCGCCAGGGUGUGCCAGGGCGCGCCAGGCCGUGGCGGCUCCGAGGAAAGUUCUCUAGGCGGCGCGAGGGGGUUGCGCCCUGGGCAAGAGCAGACCAGGUGCGGCAGGGCUGGGCCAGGCCCGGGCGUCUGCAAAAAUCCCUGGAGGGAACCCCGGGCUGGAUGGAUCGGGUAGGGGGCGCCGCUUCUGGGCAGAGUCUCAACUGGGGGCGGAGGGCGGAGCCGAGGUGGUCCAAGUGGAGAGGUGCUGGCAGGUCCGAGUGGGGAACUGCGUGCUAUCCUGGAGCCACGCGGCUGUACCGGGUUUGGGCCCUGCGCGCUGUUUCCGUUUCCCCGGGAGACCGGGAAGCUGGCUCCGGGAAGGCAGGCACCGGGAAGCUGGCUCCGGGAAGGCAGGGAGCCGUCUUGCUUGGACUCCGGCGUUCAGCGAUCCCUGUCCCCUCCCUGUCCCACGCCCUCUGAGCCGCCGGCAACGUCCACAAACGGCGGGCACAAUACCUCUUAGGCUGCAGUGACCCCUGGUGGGUUCUUGUGUCCGUGCACAGGGAACUGAGGCCGAGCUGUGGAUAAGGCAGAGAGCCUCGCUAGCCUUCGGAGCAGGUGCAAUCCGUGCUCUCUAGCUGUGAACCAGCAGGAAGCUGACGAGUCGCAGUUACAGGAAUCACAAGAAGACAAGGGCAGGUUUGACAGUAAGCCUUCCAGAAGACUCUACUUUAUAUUGAGUAUUAGAAAGCAAGAGCUUUGACAUCAGAUGUGGUUUUGAGUUCCCUCUUCUAUUACUUAUUUGCUGAAUAGCGAAAGCUCAAAACAUUGCUUAAAACCUUGGACGUUAGCACCUUAAAAAAAAAAAAAAGAAAAAAAAAAAGAAAACUGGCUUCCAUAGCACUCUGGAAAGUUUACUUCCAUAGUGAUUUCCCAAAAGGACCUUUUGUAAGAAGCCUCACUCCCUGCUUCCCCUGCCCCAUCUAAACAGUAGAUCUGCACAAACGGUAAAGUGUGAAAUAAACUUGCCAUGCUUGCAUGAACUUUAUUAAAGCUGUGAAUCCCACCACUAUUUUUCUUCCAAGCUUUCUGUAAAAUUGGAACUGGUUUUGAAUUUCUAAUCAAAUUGUGCAUCCAGCUUUGGGUUUUAUUGUCAGAGUUUUUCACAGCUCUUUAUGGCAUGGGCUGACACUUUAUUAUUCUGAAUUUUAGCUUCUCUUUUUGUGGAGUCUUUUCUUUUAUGUAAAAAUGUAAUGUUCCUGACACCAAUUACCAAAUAUUAUUGAAAGAUUUCAUGACAGAUUUCCAUACUUUACCACAAUAUCAAAUAAGAGGCAUCUACCCUUGCAAAAACAAAGAAGUUCUAAGCAUCAUCAUUUGUUUCCCACCUUUUGUGUUUUGCUACUACCUGUUUUAUGGUCCUUUGUUUUGCUAUUUUUAGCUCCAUACUUCUUACAAGGAAAGGUAUAAAGUCAUGAAGUCAUGUACAUAAAACAGCCCUGAGUAAGGCAUUUUCAUUUCUUCAUCUGGGACUGGAAAAAGAAAAAUAUCUGUUUAACAUGAAAUUAGAACUACCUAUAGA